ACAGCGCCGCCGGAGCUCUACAUUCUAUUUCGUGCACGAAGACUGCGAAAUAGAGUCUGAUAAUCAUGGGACUCAACUACGCGGCUAUGCUUUCCUACGGAGCUCUUGAGAAAAUGCAGAAGUCUGUGGAAAUCAAGGACCCGGUACUCCAGGUCGUGGAUUUGAAGCCGGUCAAAGAUAGUCGUUUCAGAGCGUACCUCUGGGAUGGAGUGGAGCAAUUCAAUUAUGGGAUGAUUUCUUCGCAAGCCAUCCCCCCGAUCAAGGACAAAUUGAAACCGAAUUGUCUGCUCAAGGUGAAUACUUUCAGUCUGACGGUCACGAAAGACAGACCGAUAAUAAUUCUCAUGGACUGCGAAGUCGUCGCACUAGCGGAAGAUGUCGGCCAAGGUCUCCUGAAAGUUGACGAGAGUCAAAAGAAAGAGCUACCAACCGACCCGAAGCCCGACGUGUCGACUCCCGCGAAAACAAGUCGAGUCCUCCCGCAGGGAAGCCCAUCGACGAGGGCGAAUCUCUUCCCCAUAUCUGCGGUUAAUCCUUUCCAGAAUAGAUGCACCAUCCGGGGUCGGGUCACCAAUAAAGGAGAAAUAAAAACGUGGGAGAAAGCGAGCGGCAAAGGCAAGCUCUUCUCCUUUGAAAUUCUCGACGACAGCGGUGAGAUCCGCGUGACGGGUUUCAACGAGCAAUGCGACAAAUUCUACGACUACAUCGAACCGAAGAAGGUCUAUUACAUCUCCGGCUUCCAAUGCAAGGCCGCCAAUAAACAGUGGAGGACGACGAACAACGAGUACGAGCUGACUCUGGGCAAAUUCUCGAACGUGGAACUGUGUACCGAAACAUGCGACGAUCUCCCGGAACAGUUGUACUCUUUCGUCGCGAUCUCGGACAUCGAAACUCUUCCCGCAGAUCAAAUGAUCGAUGUCUGCGGUAUUCUGAAAAACGCCGGCGAGCCUCAGACUUUCAAUAGGAAAUCCGACGGGAAACCGUUGACGAAACGCGACGCUUUCAUCGUGGAUGACUCAAGAAAAGUAGUCACGCUCACCCUCUGGAAUGACGCGAUCAGUAAAAUAGACCGCACGGAUCAUCCAGUGAUCUUGAUUUCGAAGGCUCGCAUCACCUCUUUCAACGGCGGCUUGAGCAUCGCAACCAGCGCCGGAUCCGCCGUGGAGAUCGAUCCCGACAUCGAUCGCGCCAAAGAACUGAAAACCUGGUGGGCGAAAGAAGGCGAAAGUGGAGAGUUUGAAAGUAUCCAGGGUUCCGGUGGUGGUUCCACCAUGCCUCAGGAAUAUGUAGACUUCGAGAUGAUGAGCAAACGCGGCGAACACCUGUCGGGAGUCCAGGAUAAGCCGCUUUACGUAUGGAAUCGAGCCACGAUCACAAUGUUCAACAAGGAAACUUCGAUGUACAAGGCGUGUCCCAACGAGAACUGCAUGAAGAAGGUGCAUGACCAAGGCGACGGAACGUUCUCCUGCGAAAAGUGUGCCUCCUCCGGCCCGAACUACAAAUGGAGACUCAUACUGAAAAUGGCCGUCGCGGAUCCCACGAAACAGUUGUGGUGCACAGCCUUCAACGAGAAAGCUGAGCAAAUCCUCGGCGUCACCGCCGCAACACUGGGAGACUACUCCGAGAACAACCCAGACGAAAUGGAUAGAAUAUUCUCCGCGUCGAUGUUCAAGCAGUUCCAUUUCAAGUUUCGUGGUCGCAUGGAAGUUUUCCAAGAUGAGCGCCGCUUCCAAACGGCGGUCGUGGAAGUUAAGGAGAUCAAACCGUCCGAAGACAGUCAACACCUGGUCAAGGAUAUUUCUGCCUUGGCAAAAUUCCUCUGAGGCUUCCAAUUCAACUCGGAAGCGGAGUUUAGUAGAUACAAACAGGUAUCGCGAAGUUUUAAAGCUGUAAAUUACAUCAUUGGUGUUUUUGACUGACUCCAGUCCAAGGUAUAUGAAAAGGAAGAGGCCUCUCGCGCGAGUCCCGAUAUUUCCCUCUUAAUUGAUCAAUUGAG